CGACUCAGUUCAGAGCAGAAACACACACAAACACAUAGAGUAAUGUGUGACGUGUCCCUGUGUCUCUGAAGUUAGUCUGUCCCUGCACCUGUCCACACAGACACCUGUCUCACUGAACAAGUCCCAGUUAUGUUGUCCUCGAUCACUCACUUCCUACGUGUUGGGGUCUCUGGUUGCCAAGGAAGCAGCCGCUCCAUGGCAACCAUCAUCUCUGGAAACAAGACGUCCAAGUUGGUUAGGGAGAGGCUGAGGACAGAGGUGGACAAGAUGAGGACUGAAGUCUCAGGAUUCAGACCCAGUCUUCUGGUUCUACAGGUGGGACAUCGAGACGACUCCAACCUCUACAUCAGCACCAAACUGAAGGCUGCUGCCGAGAUCGGAAUCGACGCAAAACACGUGAGGCUCCCGAGGACGGCGACGCAAGACGACGUCUUGCAGAGCAUCUUGUCCAUCAACGAGGACAAGUCUGUCCACGGUCUCAUCGUCCAGCUCCCUCUGGACUCUGUCAACCAGAUCAACACUGAACUCAUCACCAACUCUGUGUCUCCAGACAAGGACGUGGACGGUCUGAGUUGUAUUAAUGCAGGGAAGUUAUCUCGAGGUGACCUGAACGACUGUUUUAUUCCCUGCACUCCGAACGGCUGCAUGGAGCUCAUCAGACAGACAGGUGUGACUGUGGGGGGAAAACAUGCAGUUGUGAUUGGUCGCAGUAAAAUUGUUGGCGCUCCGAUGCAUGACCUGUUGCUAUGGAAACAUGCUACCGUUACCACCUGUCACUCAAAGACACCUGAUCUACCUGAACAGGUGGGCAGGGCUGACAUCCUGGUGGUUGGAGCAGGAAGAGCAGAGAUGGUCAGAGGAGAGUGGAUUAAAGAAGGAGCUGUGGUCAUAGACUGUGGGAUUAACCAUGUACCAGAUGAGACAAAAGCGAGUGGUAAGCGUGUGGUUGGAGACGUCCACUUUGCUUCAGCCAAUCAGAGAGCGGGAUUCAUCACACCUGUUCCAGGAGGGGUGGGGCCAAUGACUGUGGCCAUGCUCAUGCAGAACACAGUGCAGAGUGCUCAGCGUUUCUUCCUCUGGAGGAAAAUGUCACAAUAAAGAAGAAGAAGAUUCAGUGGAUGAAGAUGAAGCUGCUGCCACACGUCAUCAUGUCGCCCCCUGCUGGACAAGUCUCUCUGUGAUUAAACUUCCUGUUGCAAAAGCUAAA